GUCAGCUGCAGUGCAAGCUCACCCAGAGACGUUGGCAUUCCCAAUACCUCAUCGCACAUCGCUAAUGCUUUUCAAGCCAAGACUCGUUCACAGGCGUUGGAUUUUGGCUUCCGGGGUUUCGAGGCAGGCCCACCUCUACUACGCCCUUACUGCCGAUCCACUAGCCACGAGGGGGGACCCCGAAACUCAACUGUUAGAUCCACAGAGGCUGGUGUCUGCUUAUCUGCGCCCUGGGCCGUGGGCCGUGUGGGUUUGUUGGGUGAUAAGCUCCGAGUAAGGUAGGGUAGUAGCACAGUGGAUGGAGUAAUGUUGACCAACUCGGCACGACGAGGGAGAUCCUCCGCCCCUACCACGACGACGCCUCGAGCAGUCACCGUCUCUCAACUGGGCAAAUGGCUUCCAUCACGGUCUCUGACGCCAAGCGGCUGUCACCAGCGGCGGAAGAAGAAGGAGGAGAACAGCGACAGCGACAGCGACAUGACGCCUCGGAUGGGAUAGCCGCUGUAGCCCCGCAACCGAAGCGGCGCCGAGUUGCUGACGAUGCGAGGGUCCGCUCAGCAAAGGCGUGCCAACGAUGUCGACGAUUGAAGGAGAAGUGCGAUGGGCUCCAACCCUGUGCGCGAUGUCAGCGUUCGGGGCGAGAUUGCUGUUUCGCCCCCACUGCCCAGCCAGGGACGUUGGGCAACGUCGAUCGUGAUGGUGCUGCCCUGGUCACCGUAGGCAGUGCCAGGUCAGAAGCCCGAUCAGAAGAGAGGAUCAAGUGUCUGGAGCGUCUCGUUCAGCAUCUGCUCGGGGAUAUACCCAUGGAUCUGAACAACCUCCGCCGCAUGGCAGAGAAAGCCAGCCAGAGGUCAGGCACGGGAAGCGAUGUGAGCAGUGCCAGAGGCGGUGUGGAGGACCUUGACGACUUGACCCUGGAAGAUGAGAACUUCACUGUCAAGACGCUGUCCCAGAGCACGGCCCAUUACUCGGGAGAAUUUUCGCACUGGAAUUUCUCACAAAGAUUGAGGCGUAGGCUCAGUCAAUGUAUGGACUCGGACGUCGCCGUUCCGACCACCAAGAAAGAACUACGGACGAACAUGAGGAUUCUCGAGUACUGGAGAGCCACACAGCUCCAGUCGCCAAAGACGCUGGUCCAGAGCGUGCUGGGCUGCCUGCCCCCCCGUGCAGUCUCCAGUUUUCUCGUGCAGAUUUAUUUCCAGUUCGCACAGGUCAAUUGCUUCUACGCCGAGGAAUCGUGGGUGCAGAAGAAAUUAGAGUUUGUCUAUGAGGCGCCAGGUCAUGUCACCAGCGAGGACUCAGCAUGGGUUUGCUCGGUACUCAUGGUGCUUGCCAUUGGCACCCAAUUCGCACACAUGGCAGCAAGUCCUUUGAACGAUGCGGGCAGUGCCACCACCAAGACGAAUACACCAACCCUUCCCAGCGGUGCGGACUCAGAUGUCGGCGUGACCUUCUACCACAUGGCAUCGAAGCUGAUCCCCGACAUCAUCACCAUCGCUUCCAUGGAAAGUGUGCAAGCAUUCCUGUUGCUGGCGCAUUACGCCCUUCCUCUCGACACCCACGGGCUGGCUUAUACCUAUCUGGGGCUGAGCAUCAAGAUGGCGAUCCAGAAUGGCAUGCACAGGAGGUAUGCUGGGACAGACCUGGAUGCAUGGACCGUCGAAAUGAGGAAUCGUCUCUGGUGGACGGCAUAUACCGUCGAAAGGCGAGUGAGCGUGCUUCACGGCCGGCCUGUCUCUAUUGCACCGACAGAAGUGGACGCUGAGCUGCCCAAGGAUUUGACCGGGUUCAGGCAACAUGACGAAGUCUCAAAUUUCAGAAACAUGUCUGCUCUCAUAGACAUGACACUACGGCUGGGCGACGCCGCGAACGCAAUAACCCUCCUGCGAAGGUGUCCCAAGAACUUGCAGCCAACAUACUUUGAACGCAUCGUCGACAUAUGUCAAAGCCUUCGAGCCUGGUGGGCAAGCCUCCCGGCAGAGGUUCGGGACUCAUCUCCCUCAUCUCCCCUCUAUCGUUCCAACGUGCACUUACGACUUUGCCUCCAUCUCAAUGACAUCUUUGUCGGUCGACCGUUUAUCUUUGCACACACAAGCGGUACCUCUCCAGUUUCCGUGGACUCCACGUCGUUUGACAAAGCACCCGAAACCGAGCGGCCUCGGAACCGGGCAGCGCUCGUCGCACGGGCCGUCGAAGCUGCCAUAAAUGUCAUCAACCUGCUCCGCACCCUGCAUGAGACCACAGGCCUGGCUAGGUCGAGCUAUACCGAGUUCAGCUCUUGUCGUGCCGCACUACUUGUCAUGCUUGCACAAAGCGUUAACGGGCCCCAGACCCCUGCACUGAAGGAGGCUAUAGAGACCGGCAUGUCACUGAUCCGAGGCAUGGCAGCCGGAAAUGUCUCCACGCAGUCCGAGACCAGUGUCAUCGAGGCAUUGGAAAUCGCCGUCAGGAGACUGCACGAGAUGCAACAGGCGCAGGAUGUCAUCGAGGAGACUCCUGCGAGCAAGAGUGGCUACGAGCGUUUUCGGGAAUGGGCUUCCCUUUGGCCCGCUCCAGGCGAAGACCCCCGAGAAGAAGGGUCUCAAAGGAUGCCCAACCCAUCGCUGUCCUUCUCCGAUCCCAGGUUGAUGUCUCACUACACGGCGCACACGGCCUUUGGAGGGGGAGCAGUAGAGCGCUCGGCAUGGCAGCCUCCAAUAGCCGGUAUGGCAGAGCAUAGUCCUGAAUCCGCAAGGUGGCUGAACAUGGUCGAUCCCACCGGAAUGGGUAUGGAGGUGGAGCAGCUGGACGAACUUGGAUUUUUUGGCGGGUUUCCUGAGCUUGAAGCAUUAGAUGGCUGGCCUAGCCUCACUUGACGACAGAGCUUCCAGUUUGCUUCAAGUGGCGUUUAAAAGGCUGGGGAGGCUUUUCUUAGUCGUGUUUCUGGAUUCAACGAACAUGGACGUCAUGGACCUCGUUACCAUUAUUGUCCACAUCGAGUUUAAUGCAUUGGAAAUUUCUAC